CAAGAUAUACAAAUGUAUGAAUAGAUCCAAUCUUGAUUUUAGAGUUUUUAAGUAUAUGUUUUCCUAAGCAACCAAUGAGCAGCCCCAACUGUUGUCCUAUUCUGGUCUCCAUAGGAACUUAUGUUAAUAUUGGGUAAAAACAGAAAAUGUAUUAACAACAUUUUUUUUUUAAUACUACUGGGAUAAAGAAAGAACUCAAGGUCAAUUCUGGAAAUGAUUUGUUUUAAGCACCAGCAAACAAGUAUGCAUUGCAUUCUAUGUCAAAGACUCACAAGAAAAUCAAGCAUGGCUUGCAAUGCUUAAGUGAAAAUGCCUCCAAAGAAGGUAUAUAGUAUACUGUAUGUGUUCUUACGAUUUUGUGGACAAAAAGUGCCAUUGUUUUCCGGUAUGAGUUAGGAAAGAAUCCUGCUUUAAGAAAAUGCUUUUAUCUAGAGGAACAUGUGGAGAGUGUUUAGAUGUGAAAAUCUUCCCGAAGGUGAAUAUAAAUCCAUUUAAUUUUCUCCAUCUGGUGAUGUAAAUGGUAGCAGGUGCAUACAGCAGUAGAUAUCAGGGUAUGCAGUGCUUCAUAUGUAUAGAGGUGACCUUUAGAUAAGGACCUGAUAUAGGAAAGCAUAAGCGAGUGAAGGAGGGAUGGAGUUUCAGCAGCUGAGUGAUCUAUUGAAGGUCAGAUCAUGCAGUGUACUGCUACUAUUGAGAGCUUCCCACCUAACAGACCCAGCCAGGCCUAAGGAGGGUCAAAAUAGGACUGGCUUUACUCUGUUAGGUCUAUGUUUGUGUAAUGUUGGUCCUUAAGUUGAUUUGUACCUUUCUAUAAUCUUCCAUUACUCAUGAGCACUUCUAUUUAUCUAAUGUUCUCUCACAUAGACAAAGAAGUAAUAAUAAAGGGCAUUAGAAGUGUGUCUUGUGCAUAUGGCCCUGUCAAUCAUCUCAGUAUGUUCCUCUGUUCUACACCAUUCUCUGAAUGGUGUGAGUGUACAUGUGACCUUACAAAAGAGACCAGCCCCCUCUCUGUCACUUGACUACCUCUCUUAUUCUCUCUGGUGGAUCCAGCGACUGCAAGUACUUGGUCCAAAGAUCGUGGAUCUUUGAACCCCAUAAGAAACUGCUCUUCUUGGGUAGAUGCAAACACAUUUUUUAUAAACUCUUUGAAUUUAUUUGUGUGAGGGAGCGACUGCAAGAUGGUAGCUUCACAUAGCUGGCUGUUAGGCCUUAUCGUAGCUCUGCUUUGCACUGGACCAUUCGGGGAUUCUGUACAGGCUGAAGAAAGGCUGCGAAAUGAGGAAGCCGAGGUGCUGAGUGGUCUGGACCCUACUGGAGGUGAGAAAGAGGAGGUGGCUGAUCAGGAGGAGGUCGGAGAUGUAUCUGAAGAAGUGAGAGGAGACGGGGAAGCAGAGGAAGCUGAAAAUGAAGACAAUGGAGAGGAAGUUAAUGAGGAAGAAGGAUUUAUAGAUGAAGAGGAAGAAGAAGAAUACACAGAGGAAGAGGUAGAAGUAGCAGAAGAGGAGGAGGAAGAGGAUGUAGAAGUAGAGGAAGGAUUAGCAGAAGAAGAGGAUUCAGCACAACGGAUAACAGAGGAAGAAGAAACCGCUGCAGAAGAGGGAGCAGAUGAAGAGGAAGCAGCAGAGGAAGAAGAAGAGGAAUACAUAGAGGAAGAUGUAGAAGUACAGGAAGGAUUAGCAGAAGAAGAGGAUUCAGCACAACAGAUAACAGAGGAAGAAGAAACCACUGCAGAAGAUGAGGCAGAAGAGGGAGCAGAUGAAGAGGAAGUAGAAGGGGUAGAAGAGGAGGAAUAUAUAGAGGAAGAUGUAGAAGUAUCAGAAGAGGAGGAGACAGAGGAAGAGGAGGUAGAAGUAGAGGAAGGAUUAGCAGAAGAAGAGGAUUCAGCACAACAGGUAACAGAGGAAGAAGAAACAGCCACAGAGGAUGAGGGAGCACCAGGUGAGGAAGAGGAAGAGGCAGAUGAGGAGGAAACUGCUGAUGAAGAUAACAAGGAGGCUGGAGAUGAAGGUGAAGAUACUGUUGAAGAAACUGCCAAUGAGGAAAAUGUAGAGGGAGAAGAGAUGGUCUCCACGAAGGAUGUAAUGUAUAGCUCAGGCUCUUUCUGUGCCCUUUGCUCCCUCUGUGAGCACUGCGGUACCUGUGAAAAAUGUCCUUGUGAGGAAGGGGACACAUCAGCACACUGCAAUCACUGUGAAGAUUGUUUCUACUGUUACAUUUGUCCUGUGAUCUGUGAAACGGUCUGCCAGCCAGGUGGAAUUCUUGAUGUACUGAGUGGUUCUCUCUACCAGAAGAUGAACACGUUGAUCUGAAUACGUUCAGGAUUCUUCACAGCGCCAUCUCUUGGUGAACAGAGGAACUACAGACUAGCGCUCAAAUCAUUCAUUUGUAGGCCUGUCUAUUUGACUGGCAAGAUCUAGGGAUUCUCAUUCUGAGGCCAGCGAAGAGAGUGGACAACUUAUCUUAAAUAUGAGGAAGAAACUGUCAGGACCCUAAUGUUUACCAUUUAAUGGCACUUUAAAUGUGACUUUACAGGCUGCAUUAAAUGAAUAACAAAUAUGGUUAUGUGCUAAUCUCAUUUAGUACUUAUAUAAUAUUUGACUAUAACUGUUUUUGAAUGCAUUUUUGAUCAAAUAAAUACAGUAUUGGUACAUAUA